AAGUCUUUCAACAUUGUGUUUUGAACAAUGAACAGUACAUGAAUAACUUUAUAAAAAUUAAUAAACAUAUUGUUUUUUUCGUUCGAAAAUCAUAACUAAAUUCAUUUAUUACAAUAUAUAUAUAAAAAAAAAAAAUAUCUAAAAGACUAAACGAAAUAAUAAAAGAGUCUCAUUAAAUAUUGUAAAUCAUGAAAAAUAUUUUUGUUGGUAUUUUUUUUAUUUUUAUAACAGAUCAUACACAAGCUCUUGACGUAGUUCCUCUAGAAAUUGGUGUUCAAUAUUUUGAGUAUGGAUAUAUACCAACUAAAUUUUUAGAUAAACCAUUGUAUGCAUGUGUCGAGGCUAAUUUAGGAGAUGGUGAAUCUCUUUGGUACUGGAUUGAUUAUGCAGAGCAUUCUGUGCUAAAUCUAAACUAUGAAACAUGGCAAUCAUUAUGGACGAAAACACACCUCAAAAGUAAUGUUGAUGACUCAUGUUUUUCUCUUCCAAAACCACAGCAACGAUUUACAAUGUACUUGAAUGCAACAACAAAUUUAACCGACGAAUUAAGUAAACAUAGAACUUUCGAUGUAUUUCAUGGAAUAUAUAUUGGAGAUUUGAGAGACUUUCACACAAAUAAAAACAAUGAACAAAUUUGGCCUGAUCCAAAUCGAGUGCCAGGAUAUCUUCAGAGUGAUUAUCAAUGCAGUGACGUAUAUACUAUUGCUGCAAAUGAUAUAGUUACGAUUCGUUAUAACAUCGAUUAUAGGCGUGAUUAUAUUCACAAACUCACAGUACAAGAAGAUACUUACCUAUAUCCACUUUCUAAUUGGGAACCAUUUAGUCCAGACUAUAUCAUUAAUGAAGAAUUAACUAAGGAUGGACCAUCACUUGCCACAUUUAAAGCUUCGAAAAAUUUAAAAAUACGAAUUUUUCAUUAUACUUUCGUUAGGGAUUAUAAUUAUGAACCUGUAACGUUCAAUUUUCAAUUUACAGUUAGUACCCACCGUAUUGAUGAUGGAUUAACAAGUCCUGAAACUAUUAUUGAACCAGUUUCAGGUCGUUUGUCAACUUCAAUUCUUUGUCCACGUCCAUAAAUUAAAUAUUAUUUUAUCAUUGUCGAAUAUAAAAUAACGAUUAUACUUUAAAAUAUUAAUUUAAACAUUUAUUUUUGUCUGAAUAAAAAACAACAGUUGGUCUUUAAAUUUA